AUGUCUCAGUGCGACCCCAGCUCGGACUUCAAGAGGGCUCUGGACAGCAGUCCGGAGGCCAACACCGAGGAUGACAAGACCGAGGAGGACGUGCCCAUGCCCAAGAACUACUUGUGGCUCGCCAUCGUCUCGUGUUUUUGCCCCGCGUACCCCAUCAACAUCGUGGCUUUCGUCUUCUCCAUCAUGUCUCUGAACAGCUACAACGAUGGAGACAUCGAAGGAUCCAAGCGGCUCGGGAGGAAUGCCAAGUGGGUGGCCAUCGCAUCCAUCAUUAUUGGCCUUCUCAUCAUCGGUAUUUCUUGUGCAGUUCACUUCACAAGGAAGUAA